GCAAGAGCUUCUGCCUUCACCUCCUCGGUCUUCUUCAUCUAAGAACACCUCACCAAGGAAGGCCACAGUAAAAGAGAGGAGAUGGAGAGGAAUAACACCACCAUCUGCCUUGCCAUCUUCCUUCUUUCGUUCGUUAACUUCUCCUCUCCUGCCAACUCCCAGUCAGACUCCUGCUCCUCACAGCUCAGUGUCAGCAACCUCAUCCCUUUCGACACCGCUUCUUUCCACUGCUUCUCUGCCUGGAACUCCGAAGGCUUCAUCCUCAGGUACGCACAGAGUGGACAAAACCUUUGGAACUUCGUCCUCUCCGCUCCCGACGCCGGCUCGUACAUCUCGAUCGGCUUCUCGAGCGACGGGAGGAUGGACGGGAGCAGCGCGGUGGCGGGGUGGAUCACCUCCAACGGUCCUGGGAUCGUGAAGCGGUAUUACCUGGGGGGGAAGAGCUCGAGGCAGUGCCCGCCCGACCAAGGCAGCCUGCAGCUGGUGGCCAACAACUCGCUGAUCGUGUCGCAGUCGUCCCGCCUCUACCUCGCCUUCCAGCUGAGCACCUCGCAGCCCGCGCCACACCUCAUCUACGCCGUCGGUCCAUCGAACAGCAUCCCUUCGUCGGAUUACUACCUUUCUACUCACCAAAACCAAGCAUCUGCUUCCAUCAAUUACGCCACAGGGGUGGCGUCUAAUGCUGGAAGCAGGGGAUUCCCAGCCAGAAGAUGGCAUGGGCUGCUCACCAUGUUGGGGUGGGGAGUUCUGAUGCCUGUAGGAGUAAUCAUGGCGCGAUACUUCAAGCAUCUGGAUCCUCUCUGGUUCUACUCCCACAUCUCCAUCCAAGGCAUCGGAUUCGUGCUCGGUCUGGUCGGCAUCAUCGCUGGGUUCAACCUUGACGAUAACCUGCCUAAUGCUGACACCCACCAGGCCAUUGGAAUCUGCAUCUUGAUCUGCGGCAGCCUUCAGGUCAUGGCAUUCCUCAUACGACCUGACAAAUCAUCCAAGAUCCGAAGAUACUGGAACUGGUACCACCAUUAUGUGGGCAGGGCUGCGAUCGCCUUGGCGGUGGCAAACAUCUUCCUGGGGUUGUCCGUAGCACAUGAGGACCGUUCAUGGACUGUUGGGUAUGUCAUCUUCCUUGUCGUCUGGGUGAUUGCCAGUCUUCUCCUCGAGUUGAAGAGGCGCAUGAAGAAGGAUGAUCUGUAGCACGAGUUUUGAUUCCCUGUCCUCGUUUUUUGUUCAUCCCGAUGUUGCAGAGAGUUGAUUUCUCGCUACCGUCUUACCAUUGUAUUCAUUUUACACCUAGUUAUAUAUAUUAUUCUUCU